AUGUUUAAGCGUCAUCGCCCUGAAACGGGUACGGGUGAUUACAGUCGACUAGAGCAGCACGACGAAGAAGAUGAAGCGUAUUACAGCGAACAGACACUCCACCAUCCAAAUUCAGUGCUGGUAGCAAAUCAUCAUGGCCACUGUAACGUAGUACCUUUAUUAUCCCAAAACAUGCCUGUAGCAUCAACAACUCCACAUCACUCUCCACCACACUCACCGCGAGCUUCGUUCUCUGCUGCCACCCAUGUCACGCGUCGAUUCUUCCAAACAAGAUUACCCAUCGUAUUCAGAAAGGACAUGGCAUCCACUGCUUCAUUUUCUUCGUUACCCCCUGUGAUCAUUGCAGAUCUUCAGAAUGGCAACAUACCAGAGAUAGCUCAGCAAGACGAAUCAGGCUCAAAGAACGACCAGGGCUGGACCAUCAUACACAGGCGACGGUUCAGGGGAAAGCACGGCAUUGGUGAAAGCAGACAUCCCAACUCAUCCAGUAGCUCUGCCAUGGAAGUGAUGAUUGACGAGGAAAUUGACCCCUCUGAUCAGGUUACGUGCUCUGUGUUUGUGAAAUGGCAGCCCGAGAGUGGAUCACAAGAUCAGCAACCACAGCCUUAUACCAUGACCAUGUCACCUUUAUUCGCCAACAAAGAGGAAGAACAAGCUGAACAACAGGAUGUGCGGUAUUUUCAAGAUCCUAUACCUGAAACAGAAGAGAGAUUCAAAGAGAUUGUUCAGUCUGUGAGAACGGCUAUCGAAAACAACAUGCAGCCCACUCGUAUCAGUCAAGGCUCCAGUGGAUCUUACUUUUGCAGAAACUCGUCGGGUAAGAUUGUGGGCGUGUUCAAGCCAAAGAAUGAAGAGCCAUAUGGCCGUCUGAAUCCAAAGUGGACAAAGUGGAUCCAUCGUCAUUUGUUUCCAUGCUUCUUUGGUAGAUCUUGCUUGAUCCCCAACUUGGGCUAUCUGUCUGAAGCAGCCGCUUCUCUCAUUGAUAGAAAACUGGGCACCAUGGUGGUCCCUUACACAGAUGUUAUUCACAUGUCAUCGCCAAGUUUUCACUAUGACUAUCUAGAUAGGCGUUCUCAGCAUGGACUACCACCCAAAAUUGGCAGUUUUCAAUGCUUCCUCACAGACUACAAGGAUGCCACUGUGUUCUUUAGAGACUAUCCUUACCAUGACUAUGAAUAUGCUGAGAGUAGAGCCAUGAGCAGAAGCUCUGUAUGGGGCGGCUGUCUUGGUAGAAACGACGACCUCGAUGAAGACAAUACCGUGCUGUAUAACAUGAGCCAUCAAGUACAGCAAGAAGAAGAAGACAGUGAUCAUACACAAGUCGCCACCACACCCAUGCCAUCCACACCCACGACAACGACCACCUCCAACACAUACCCUCAUGAUACCACCACACAUAGUAAAUUCAGCAAGAAACCACACAAAAAGACCAGCCAUCAAGAGUUUAGAUGGACACAUCCGUUACAAAAGCAGUUUCGUCGUGAAUUUGAGCAAUUGGUCAUACUGGAUUAUCUCAUCCGUAACACAGACCGUGGAUUGGACAAUUGGAUGAUCAAAUACUGUCCCCCCAAAGCGCCUAAAAGCAGCCAUCACCAUCAGUAUCAGCAUCAUCAUAACCCUCCGUCCUCCGCAUCUUCAUCGUCCAGCAGCAGUUGCAGUAGUCAUUGCGCAAAUGACGAUGAUCAACUCAACAAACAAACAUCUUCCAAGCAGCAGCCACAAUUACAAGAACGAAAGGGACAUAUCCACGUUGCAGCUAUUGAUAAUGGACUUGCAUUUCCCUACAAACAUCCAGAUCAAUGGCGCUCUUACCCUUAUGGUUGGAUCGCUAUGCCUGAUACACUUGUCAGCCGACCCUUUUCAGAGGCUACACGCAAACAAUUCUUGCCCAUUCUGUCAGAUCCUCUGUGGUGGCGAGACACAGUGAGAGAAAUGCGUGCCUUGUUUGAAUUGGAUGACGAUUUUGAUGAAAAGAUGUUUCAAAAGCAAAUGGCAGUACUCAAGGGACAAGGAUACAACAUUAUUCGUACACUCAAGGAUCCAGCUGCAGGGCCUAUUGAUCUGGUUGCUAUGCAACGCGUGGUGAUCAAUCAAGAGGAAGUGUUGAUUGAGUAUGAUGAUCGAAUUUUGCAGAGCAGAGGCUUGCAUUUACAGACACCUGCUUCCAAUCCACCCACAUCAUCCUCUGCUGCAGCGAUGGAUAUCUCGGAUGCCUUGCCUGCCAAGAAGAACGCUCAAAGACUUAGUGGUAGCAGAAGAUUGCGUACACAGCGAUCCACAUCAUUUGAUGUUAUUUCGACCGCAAGUUCGCCAUUUUACGACGAUGAGGAGGAUGAGGAGGAGGAUGUGGAUCUUGAAGCAGGCUAUUUCCCGCCAAUGACUGCUGUUGCUGCAACAACUGCUCGGCAAGAAAGAAAAUGGAAGGAUAAGCUCAAGGAUGGAUUAUCCAUGGAUCUAGGAGGUGCUGGCUUGUUUGGCAAAAAGAAGAAAAAGAAGAGAAGAGGAACAGCAAAAGCCGAAAAGGGUUACUGUUGUCAUGGAAACCAUUGA